AUGGAUAGUAUUAGUGCUCAAGAACAAACUGUGGCAGUACUUAAAAAGACUAUUGAAUCUCAAAACUUGCCUCAUAUGUUAUUUUACGGACCUCCAGGAACCGGCAAGACAUCCACAAUCCUAGCAUUAUCUCGAGAACUUUAUGGGCCAAAGUUGAUGAAAUCUCGAGUCUUGGAAUUGAAUGCUUCAGAUGAACGUGGGAUACAAGUUGUUAGGGAAAAAGUGAAAAAUUUUGCACGUACAGCAGUUAGUAAUCGUACUAAAGAAGCUGGUGAUUAUCCAUGUCCACCAUACAAAAUUGUAAUUCUAGAUGAAGCUGAUUUGAUGACGCAAGAUGCACAGUCAGCUUUGCGGCGCGUAAUAGAAACUUAUUCCAAAGUUACGCGUUUUUGUCUCAUUUGUAAUUAUGUGUCACGUAUCAUUGAACCGUUAGCUUCUCGUUGUGCAAAAUUCAGAUUCAAACCUUUAGAUAUUUCGAACACAAUAUCACGACUCAAAAUGAUUUGUGAACAAGAAGAUGUCAAUUAUAGCUCACAGACAUUGGAAGAAUUAGCAACAUUAUCUGAAGGUGACCUAAGAAAAGCUAUAAUGUAUCUUCAAAGUGCGUCCAAGCUUCACAAGAAGGAAAUGAUUACAACAGAAUCAAUACGAGAAAUUACGGGGGUUGUUCCGGAUGACAUGAUUAAUAGUCUAAUUGAAAGUGCAAAAAGUAAAAAAAACGAAAUACAACUUGAAGAAGAAGUUGCAAAAGUCAUGUGUUCCGGAUUUUCAGCUGUUCAAAUAUUAUCUCAGAUACAAGAUCAAAUUUUGGCUGACUAUCAAAUUAAUGAAACGCAAAAAGCUAGAAUCGGAGAAUUUAUAGGUCAAUUUGAUAAAUAUUUAGCAGAUGGAACUGAUGAACAUUUAGUUAUUACGAAUUUGAUCAAAAUUAUUUCUGUGGAAUGUUAA